UAAAAAAUCUUCCACUACAACAAGUUUACUUUACAGUUUACACAUAAAAACUUGAAUAAAUAAAUAAUAAAAGAAGUUCUAUUUGCCUUCCACAAAUUGCCAUUACAAGAAAUGAAAAGUGAAAUUGAAAAACACGAUGAAUCCCUCUCAGACAGUGAUUGCAGCGAUACAGUCGAAGCAGAAGACAUAAAUUCAAUUUUCCCACAAUGUCAGCACAUCCACACAGAAUCUUUGGGCUCCAAAUAUAUCUUAGAUUUAUCAGCAACAAGUGAAACAAAUCCAUACAUUGCUGCAGCUCUAACAGAUUUCUCCUGCGAUAUUUUCAAAUCAGCAGAAAGCCAACUGGCUAAAAUAACUCAGCUCAAAGAACACUCAGAUAGAUUAGUAAGUUGCAAAUUCAGCCAAAAAGACAAUAAUGUAUUGUACACUGCCUCUGCUGAUGGAACUGUUAAAUUGUGGGAUCUUAGAACUAGCAAAACAGCUAUUACAUUUGCUGAUACUACUUUGGAAGAUUCUGAUCCAAUAAAACCUCUAAGUUCCUUUGAUGUUUCUCCCUGUGAUAAAUUACUUGCUGCAGGUACUAAUUUGUUUGAAGGAGAUGCUUUUAUAUUGUUUUGGGAUGUAAGAAGCACCAAACUGCAAGGGGCUUAUUGGGAAUCCCAUACUGAUGAUAUAACUCAAGUUAAAUUUAAUCCAGAUGAUUCAAAUAUGCUUCUUUCUGGGUCAACUGAUGGUUUAAUAAAUACUUAUAAUCUUGCUGAAAGUAAUGAAGAUGAUGCUUUGCAACAAUGUUUGAAUACUGAAGAAUUAGUUGAACAGUUGGAGUGGUUUUGGGAAAGGCAACAGUGGAAAAUUAGUUGUAUUACUUCGAGUAAUAAUUUGCAACUGUGGGAAGUUGAUGGGGCUGAACCUUAUAAAAGGUUUAAUAGGGAUACUAUUGCAGGCAAUAUUAAGAAAAAUGCCAAUAAAGUUUAUGUAGCCAAAGUGCAUCCAGCUAGUAACUCCUUAAUAAUUUUAACUGGAUCUAAUGGCAAGGAAGGCAAAUCUUUUAGGAGUUUGCAAAUUUCAAAUGGAAAUGUAAAUCCUGCUUUGAGUUUCAAUGAAAACACUCAAAGAGUCAGAGCAAGCUGGUACAAUGAACAUACUAAACUUCUAUUAACUGGAGGUGAGGAAGGAAAUUUGGAUAUAUGGAGGCCUGAUUUUUUGGAAACGAAUUAUAAGACUAUUAAAAGGAAAUAACUUUGUAUUAUUAAUUAUUUAAAUAAAUGUGUUUUUCUUUUGUAUA